UCAAAAUGAUAUUUUUUGUUCUAUUUAUCUUGUUUCAAAAUUCUUACGCCGAAAUUACAUCUUUAAACGAGAGUGAGUAUAUCCGUAUGCCACCUCUCUACAACCUGGACCCGUUUGAGCCCUGCAUCAUCCAGCCGGGAGGAGUCUACUGCUUCGUAAAGUUGAACUUGGUCACCGAUGAGCCCAGUGACCUCUACACAAUGAUGCAAGAAUACUCAGCGCGAACUAUUACACAUUUCAAUCAUACAACAUUGCAAUACGGUAUUUGCUUACCGAAAACUUGCAGUGCAUUCUAUCAACGAAAUACAACAGUGGACCGAGAAGUAGCCCUUGAGAGAUGUCUGAAUGAAUCCCUUUGGAGAGACUACAAGUUGAAAGCUAAAGUCUCGAACAAUGUCGAAUGUUAUACAAAAGAGGACUCUAUUAAAAUAGACACAAGUGAUAUUACAGUAGGUGCUGUAAUUGCGACAUUACUGAUACUGAAUGUAAUCGGAAGCUUCUUAGAGUUCCAAAAACGUGCAGAUGACUGUGAACGAGGAUUCUUCUCGUGCUUUUCAAUAUCUCGUAACUGGCAGAGGAUGGUGGCGCCAGCCGGGGCGGGGUCCGAGCCGAGACUCACGCGGCUCAAGGGAUUCCAUGGACUCAAGUCCAUCACCAUGAUCCUAGUUAUCAUGUCUCAUGCUUUACUGCCUUUUGUGCUGAACAUCGAUAACCCACAGUACAUUGAAGAGCGUUACAACAACCCGAUGUUCAUGUUGUUCACGAACGGCGCGCUGGUCAUCCAGACGUUCUUCGUGAUCUCAGGGUUCCUGCUGGCGUACAACCUACAGCUCCACAGGGAGACACACCGCGUCAGCUGGACUGUGCUGCCACGGGGGGCGCUCAACAGGUGGCUCAGAUUAACUCCUGUGUACGCUGUGGUGCUGGCUGUCACAGCCACAUGGCUUCGGCACGUUGGGACGGGGCCGCUGUGGCAGCUGUUGCUAGGCUCAGAGAGUGAGCACUGCCGCCGGGACUGGUGGCUCAACCUGCUCUAUGUGAACAACUACUUCGACGACUCGCACUGCAUGCCGCAGACAUGGUACCUAGCAUCAGACAUGCAGCUCUACAUCAUCGGGCUGGCCGCGUGCGCGCUGACCGGCUGGGGGCGGAGCACCCUGCUGGCACUGCUGCUGCUGGCUGGCGUGCUGAUGCCCGCCGCCCAUACCUAUUUCCAGGAUCUGGACGCUGUUCUCAUAAUCUCACCCGAACUGCCGCGUAACCUGUUCACGACAGACGCGACGUUCAACCACACAUACCGGCGCGGUCACACCAAUCUGGCUGGCUUCGUCGUCGGUUUGGCGACCGCGUUGAUGGUCUACCACUGGCAGAAGAACGAAUACAAGCUUCCUAAGAUCAUGAAACAGCGCUUCAUCUACUGGCUGACGUUCCCAGGUUUGGUGGCAGUGAUCAUGCUGGGUGGCAUCUUCUACAAGGAGGGACCACGUCCAUCUGUCUACCUGCGGGCCCCGUACGCGGGCCUGGUGCGGCCUGUCUACGCAGGGAUCAUUGGGCUCUUAAUUGUUGGCAUGAUUUUCAAAUUUGAAAACGUUUACCGCGGCAUCCUGGAGUGGCGCGGCUGGGUGGUGCCGUCGAGAGUGUCCUACUGCGCCUACAUCCUGCACGUGGCCUUCAUCAGGCUGCUCAACGCCACGCGGACCACCCUCGUACACGCCACCGUCCCGCAUCUCUUCGAGAUAGUGCUCAGCAGUAUCGUGAUAUCGUUCGUGGCGGCCAUACCACUCCACCUGCUGGUAGAGGUGCCGCUGCAGAAAGUAGUCAAGCUGCUCACCGGGGGUAGGGCUCUGAGCAAGACUCCUGGUGGAAUUACUCCGUGCAAGACGGACGGCUGUGAUAAGGGCACGGGUGUUGUCAACGCUAGUUAUGUUUGAAAGCAUUGUGAGAUUUUACCAUUCGAUCACAUAUCGAUCACACACACAUCACUAAUUUAAGAGCCACGCUCUUGCCGGUGUAGCAUUCUCCAUGCUACCUACUUUUAAAGGGAAAAAUAUGGCAAAUAUCGAUAGCCUAGAAUAAACAAAGGACACUCUGCCUGUAACGAUUUAGGUACCGAGCGAAUGGUCAAGUGACUUAAGCUCAUUGAUGAAGCAGUGAAAUAGUUACAAUCCGACAAACAGUAAGUACGAACUUGUAGCGAGUUUGAUCUACCUCCCCGAUGGACGCCACUUCUGCCCAUUUAAGCUGAAAGCUGUUUAUAUAUUUAUUUACUAGGUUUGCCAAAAGACAAAAACACUUUUACAUGAUAACUUUGAAUUUGAAUAUCAUUUUUUUAGCUAUAAACCCAAAAACAAUAAAAACAAAAUGGUGACCCUUUUUAUUACACCUAGGCACAACACAUCUUCCACCCAUUAUUAUUCUGAUCAAAAUAAAAAGAAGUAACUACCUAGCAACAUAAUUUUAUACUUAAUGUGAUCUAUAUAUAUGGAUAUUUAGGUUUACUUACUAGAUAAGUCUCAGAGAUAAGUACAUUGAAAUGAAAUUAAAAUUAAACGAAAUGAUU